AUGAAGUUCUCUGUUGCAUCCAUUGCUUCGCUCGCUGCCCUUGUCGGUGGAGCUGCCGCCCAGCUCGAGAUCAUCACUCCAGGUGGUCCGGGCCUCUGGUGGGUUGCACAGUCGCUCAAUACCCUAGAGUGGACUUGCAAGACCUCGCCGUAUACCAAUUUUACAAUCCUCAUCGCCAACUCCAAUCCUACUAUCCUUUCGUCGCCUCUGGCUAUCCUUUCCCAGCAGAACAACUACGACUGCUCUGAGACCAUAACCCAGAACGAGGCUGCCCAGCCUGCCGCGACCGGCUACACCAUCCAGCUCGCCGAUCCUUUCAACAACACGAACGUUUACGCUACCUCUCAACCGUUCGAGAUCAAGGCCCUCGGCUCUGCGUACCCUGCUUCUUCCGCUACCCCUAGCGGCGUCGGGUCAGCUACGAGCUCUGGUGCCACGGGCACCUCCAGUGGCUCUUCGUCCGCUUCCACAUCGACCCCCACCAGCAGCAAGAGCGGCGCUGUCAGCCUGACCGCAUCCCUCAGUGGAAUCGCCGCGAUUGCAGCUGCGCUCGGAAUGCUGAUGGCUUAG